CAGCGAUGGCGGAGGAGCUGCCGAGGGGGAAGCGGCGGCGGCCCCAGGAGGAGGAGGAGGAGGAGGGGGCUGGCGGGGAUACCCCCGGGGAGGGAACCAACAGCACCAGCACCACCAACACCCCCCUGCCCUUCCCCCUGGCACAGCUGCAGCUGCGGCGGGUGCUGCGCGAGUCGGCCAGGGACAAGGCGGUGUUCCUGCACGGAGAGAUCACCAACCCCUCGGGAGAGGGCACGGAUGCUGUGAUCAUCCUGGAAAAGACUCCUUUCCGUGAGGAGAAGGUGCUGGAGCUGCUGAAGAAGCACAGGAAGCUGGAGCUGCAGAUGAGCAAUGACAUCUACAGCACCUACCACCUCUUCCCCCCCCCGGAGCUGAGUGAGAUCAAAACCACAGUGGUGUACCCAGCCACAGAGAAACAUCUCCAGAAAUACCUGCGCCAAGAAAUCCACCUGGUCCGUGAAACCUGGGAGGAUUACAGGGACAUAACCCUGCCCUUCAUCCAGGCCCAGAGCUUCAGCACCCAGUGGGUUUACAACAUCCUGGAGAAGAAAGCUGAGGCUGAUCGGAUCCUCCAUGAGAACCCCGACCCUCGCGACGGCUUCGUGCUCCUCCCGGACUUCAAGUGGAAUCAAAACCAGCUGGAUGACCUCUACCUGAUAGCCCUGGUUCACCGCCGGGACAUCAAAUCCCUUCGGGACCUCACUGCUGAGCACCUCCCCCUGCUGAGGAACAUCCUGCAGGAAGGCAAGGAGGCCAUCACGAAGCGUUUCGGGGUUCCUGGCUCCCAGCUGCGGAUUUACCUGCACUACCAACCCUCUUACUACCACCUCCACGUGCAUUUCACAGCCCUGGGCUAUGAGGCCCCGGGCAGCUGGGUGGAGAGAGCUCACCUCCUGGCAGAUGUGAUAGACAACCUGCUCACUGACCCCAGCUACUACCAGAAACGGGCUCUGACCUUCGCUCUGCGUGCUGACGAGCUCCUCCUCAAGAGAUUCCAGGAGGCUGGAAGAGUCUGAGCUUGGCAGAGGUGCUUUUGGAUCUUUUUAUUUUUAAUAAACGCCCCUUUUAAGGUUUGUUU